AUGGCAGGAGAAACCCAGAGACAACUUCUCAAGGAAAACCAAACUCUUUUGGCAGAUUUAAAGAAAGUAAAAGAUCAGAUUGCUCGGUUGGAGAAAAGACACAAGGCACAAGGCCAACGACCACAGCAAGGAGAAAGAAGAUUUGGAGAUGCACCAGAAGCUGUUUAUGUCGAGCCCAAGCCACCAGAUCCUUCAAGGAUCAAUCAACAUCCAACUUCUCAAACCCAUACUCAUCAUGUUGCUAAUUCUCGGUUUGAUCAUAAAUCUUUUGCUGAUAAAAUUGAACUCUUUACAUUUUCAGGAGGAAGAAGCUACCUAUUUUGGGAGAGGAACCUUGAUGAAUGGUUUCACUACAACAACAUUCUGAAAGAAGAGAGACUAUCUUAUGCCAUUGAUCAACUAAGAGGUAAUGCCUUUAAAUGGUGGGUACAAGAAGAAGAUGAUAGAUGGUUUUACAAGGAGCCAGCUAUCAAAACGUGGAGAGAUCUUAAGGAAGUCAUGAGGGAUGAAUUUUCACCAGAACUCACAAGUUCUAAGAUCCGAAAGAUAUACCCAAGGAGGUAUCUAACUCAUGUUUCCAAAGAAAAGCCAGAACCUGUUAUUGUCCAAGAGAAGGCCAAGGAUGUUAAGACAGGUCCUGAGGUUGAGAAAGACACGAUCUCCACAUCUUUGUUGGAAUCAAAAGUUGUCCAUGAUUUAAGUCUAAGAGACAAGGAGAUUUUAAACCCAAAGAAAGAAGAGCCAUCAAGCCAAUCUCAAAAUUCUUGUAUGAUGCACUUGUCUUUGUCAAAGGGUGAUGUAACAGGAACUAAGGAGCAUGAAUUCAAAGGAGAGGAGCCACCAGGCGCCACACCUGUGAUGGACCAGAAGAUGGUUCAAGACACAAUGCAGUCCAUAUUGCUUAAAGAAGCAAAACCGGUCCUAAAAGUAUCCCACCAAGGGAGAAUAAAUGAAACCUAUAAGCUUAUUGAAGUCGCAAAGAAAGAACCAGACCAUAAGCUCAGCCAUGAACUCACUCCCAAGUGGAAACCGAAAUCUGAACAAUCUAUUGUCCAAGUUCCAAAACCUAUGAUAUAA